AUGUCGCGGCACCGCGCGGUGCGCAACUUGAAUCUAGACGAAGAGUUAAACGAGGACUACGGAAAUGAGUACGAUGCCAUAGACGAUCUGUCGCCCGAGGACCAGGAAGCGAUGGAUGUGGCUUUGGCCACCGUGCAAAGCACCUUGGGCGAGCCCGAUGAGUGUGGCGUCACGGAGCGUCGCAUGCGCGAGGUGCUGUGGGACACAUACUUUGAUGCAUCAUCGGCAGUGACGCAGCUGCUGGAAGAAAAACAGCGGAACGAGGCACAGGCACGCAAGCGCGCAGACAUCACGGUCCCAGGGACAGGCACACGUCAGAGGGAACAGUCGCCAGUGGGCGCUACGGGACCUGCACCCAUGUCGGAGCUGCUCCGGCAGAGUGCACAGAAGCGCGGUGCGUCAGGCGCUGCGCCGAACAAGGCCCUCCAAAAGCUGCAAGCCUAUCGCGAGCGCAAAAAGGCGCUGGCAACACAGGGUGUUCAGCAGCCGCUCAUCUCCCACGCCCAAAAGCCUGACAUAGGCACGGCGCAGCAGAGCGCCCAGUCACCUACACCGCCACCACCUGCGCAGCCCGCCGUGGAGCGUUCCAAGACACCCUCGGGCGCCCGCAUCGACACCCUCUUUCCUCACACGGCAUGCCCCGCGCCACCUUCUCGCUUCGGCCAACUUGUACAGUCGCGCCCAUCAAAGCAGCGUGCAUCUGCGUGCAGCGUGCUUGCGAAGCAAAGCGAGGCGGACGUGGAACGCUUGCGUGCUGUGUUCAGUGAGCUCAGUCCCGACGACCGUGUUCUGCAAGCACGCGCCGGCACACGCCUAGUCGACUAA